GUCCCUGCCCAGAUGCCUGUGGGAUGCUGCUGUUUGCUCCUUACCUUGGUUGCGGUUGCUAAGGACUCGCUGGGGAGCUGGGCUACUGCUAUAAGGCCUGAGUUUGCCCCGGGCACGCCAGGUCCUGACAUAAUUACUUCACUAUGUCUUUGGCGUCCAGCGAAAAUGGUACUGAGGCUGAAGACCUUGAGGAACCAUAUCGGGAGUUAUAUGAGCUUUUGGACGAUGGAGCUUCUGCUAUCACUUAUGACUCUGAUGCAGAAAAGAAAGUAAAGAAGAGAAAAGGAAUCAAACCAGCUAAAUCUCCAAAAUCGCCAUACCUCUCGAAUACAAACCUCUAUACUAAAAAGGCCCCUGUGUGGAGGUCAUUGAAGGGCACAGGUACAAUGCACACAGAGAACCCCAUGACCAAAGUGCCCAGACAGCUGUGGCUAGCAUCCCUUAAGCAAGGCAAUGGUCUAACUCAGCCUCUGAAAUCUGACGUAGACAUCGGUCAAGCCUGGGUUAAUUCCUCAAGCAGCACUCCAGAGUACCUAAAAGAAGCCCUGGGAAUGAAGAAACCCAAAUACUCCCGGUCCUCUAGCAAUGGUUACAUUCCUGGAACUCCAGACUACAAAGAGAAAGAAGAAAUGUACGACCAGAUCCUAGACCUGAAGAAGAUGUUACAGGCUCAGAAGUCUGAAAGUGAUAUACUGAAAACAAAGCUCAGACGGCUAGAAGAGGAGAACAGCAGGAAAGAUCGCCAAAUCGAGCAACUUCUUGAUCCAGCUAGGAGCUCAGAAUUUGCAAGAAGCUUUGUGGAAAAAAGAAGUGAUAGCAGUUUGAUUGUAAAUAAUCUUAAACAGAAGAUUCUGAAGUUGGAAAAGCAGUGCAAGGAAAAGGAUAAUGCUCUCAACAAACUCCAGACAGAGCUGAAGACAACAAGCCUUGAAGAGAUGAAAAUAGCUAUGGAAACCUAUUAUGUUGAGAUUCAACGACUUCAGGUCUUACUAGCAAAAGCUGAGGCCACAGCAAGAAAAUCACCACCAGAGUCCCCAAAACAGCAAAAAGCAAUGAACUCUGCCAUCAUAAGAUUAUCCAAGAAAGUCAAGGAACUGCAAGAUGAAAAUCAGAGUUUGAAAACUGAUCUGGACAGGGCUAUGGCUCCUUCCCCAACAUCCACCACAACAAAAGGCUAUGGAGACUGGAGCAAACAGAGGCUGGUGAGGAAGAUUUCUGAACUUGAAAAAAAACUUGAAAAGCUGCAGAAUUCCUCCAAAACAGAGCCAGAAAAAUCAUCUCGAGCUGGUGGACCAUCAACUUCUGAACAGGCAGAUGGGUCAUCCCAUGCUAAACCUGACCUUCAAGAGGAAUGUGAGCGUCUGAAAAUCUUGGUCAAAAAGAUCAAAGAAGACAGAGCAGCACUACAGACUCUUCUAGGAACUAAAGAAUCAGAAAUCAAGAAACUGCAACAAGAAAAGUCUGACUUGGAUAGGCAGCUACAAAGAAAUAAGGACAGACAUGAUGAGAGAGAGGAAAUUCAGCGGCUUAACCAAAAAAUAAAAAAGUUAACGGCUGAGCUGGAGGAUGAGAAACGUGACAAAGAAUCUAUAUCAGAAGCAAUGAAAAAGGUACAAAAUCAAUCACAGGACUCUCGACCAAAUUCUGCAAGGAAUUCAUCAAGCUCAACUCGAAGACCAUCAUCUGAGGGGAGACGGGAAAGUCAGCAAAAACAAGAAGCUGCACAGGUUAUCCAGAAGAACUGGAAGCUGUACAAAAGCAAGAAAGACCGACAGAACCUUGAAGAGGUAGCUGUUUUACUUCAAGCAGCUCUUCGUGGGCAUUUAGCGAGAGAGAAGAUGAUCUCCACAACUGCAUCACCCCGUUCAAAAUCACCCAGAACAAGCCUGGCACAGCAGGAUUUAUUACGUAGUAACAGUUCACAAGAUUUUACCAGGGAAGAAGAUGACGCUGUGACCCUUCUACAAUCCUCAUUCAGAGCACAUUUGGCUCGAGCAAAAAUGCUGGGACAAAGCGUUCAUGAAACGAGAGGCAGAGAAAGCCCUGGUAUCAAAAUUCAGAGGGAAAACACAAUGUCCUUAGCCUCCAAGAAAUCACCCAGAAAAGAUGUCAGACACUCAUUUGCAGAUCAAAGCAGUGACGAUGUUAGCGAUGAAUGCAUAGAAGAGGUACCAUCAGCGGAAGAGGAAGCAGAAGUGGCAGUAAUGAAGAGGCCAGGAUCCCGCAAUAGAUCACUGUCACAAACACCUGCAGUGUCACGGAGAAAUACGCAUUCUGUAGAAGAACCUCAGUCUGAUGAUUCAGAUGACAUCAUUGUGUCUCCAACACGGCCUCCUAGAAGAAAAGACUCCAAAUAAAUACACACAAACAUUCACAUAUAUAUAUUUCACCGUGUGCCUUCUGGACUUUUUAACUGUUUUUACAGUAUCCUGUGUAAUUAUUUUUUAAUGCUGUAUUUCUUUCAAAGCCUGCAAAAUAUACUUUUUAUUAGUAUUUUUAAUGCAGCACGUUUUCUUUGUAAAUCUACCUUUCUAUUUCUGUACAGUUAUAUAAAUAUUAAAUUAGUAUUUUUAUUUUA